AUGCUAAAACUGGAGGAAAAUAUAAAAGAGCUGAAGGCCAAACUGACAGGGUUUGACAAAGAUCACCUGAUCCAGGAGAGGACCCAACAAGGUUCAGAGGGUUGCCAAUCCCAAAGCAAUCAGGAAACUGUUCAAACGAAGGAAGAUUUAAAGUCGCUAAAAGAGGUACAUGAAAAGCUGACAGGGGAGCUUGAAAAGAUUAAGCAGAAACUGAAAACAUCACAGUCUCAGCUACAGGAAGAAACCUUGGAGAGGUUAACCAUGUCUAAAAUGAUCACAGAUCUGGAGGCAGACCGCGCUCAGAUGACCACAGAAAGAGAGCUGAGUAAAGUUAGUGAAAGUGGACAUGAAGAGAUAACAGCGAUGAAAGAAAAGUGCCACCUGCUCAGGGAAUCUGUGGAGGUUUUGGAAUUAGAAAAGCAGAAACUGCAGGAUCGCUGCAUGUAUUUGGAGGCCGGGGUCCUUGAGAGGGAGGAAAAGCUACAACUGCAAGAGGUAGAGCACCGGAAACAAGGCGCAGGGAGACUCCAGAGCAACGAGGAACUGAAGGCUGUGGCCUCACACUGGGCACAGAAAUGGCAAAGGGUGGCUUUGACCCUGCAGUCUACACAAGAGGAGCUAGAGGAAGUCAAAAAGAGCAACUCUAGAAAUGAAUCGGACUUGCUGCUGAAGGCUGAGCUUGGUGCAUGCAAACAACAGCUGGAGCUGGAGAGGAGCAGGACUCUGCUUCACAGAUGUGAAGAUAAAGGCACUGAUGCCUUGGCACAGACUGAGGACAGAGGGACACAGACAGAAUUAUCAGAAUCCUCUUUGUUAUGGGAGCCGUCAUCAGCCUCUCACAGCAGCCAAAACAAAGCCCCCAAGUCCUCUGAAGAUCAGGAUGAUGGAAACCAAGCAACUAUCUGGACCAGUAACUCACUGAGGUCCCAGCUGGAAGAGAGCAGGAGGAGAACGAGGCAGCUGCAGGAAGAAGAAACAUUGUCAGACCAGAGGCUCCAAACACUGAGGCAGCUUUAUCCGGUUCAAGAUGAGAUACCAUCUGCUGAAGGCAGGAAGGAUAAAACUGUCUCUCCUUUAGAUGCAGAGACAGACCAGCAGAGGAGGAUGGUCACUGAGCAGUUAAAGAAUCUGUUUAAGGAGCGAGAAGGAAAAGAGGUGGAAACGGUUGACAACAGAUUAGCUGCAGGUCAAAAUGCACCCUCCUCACCAGAAGACUGGUCCCAAACAUCUAAGGGUGUAAGGAAUUCAGUGGACAGGAGGAUCUGGCAGCAUGGUUCAGGUUUAAUGCCAGUGUUUGAGGAGGAUGAAGAGGAGUGUGACUGUCCAGGAGGGGAGGAGGCUCAUGUUGAGGAAAACUGGCACAACCAAAGCCAACAGAUGUCAACUAUGACUGCAGUUAUCUGCAAACUGAAGGCAAACAAUGAAAAUCUGCUGCCAGCAACACUAAGGUGCAAACCAAUCCAGGACUGCCCUCUUACUGCAAAAAACAAGACUGCUCUCGGUUCAGAUGUGACCGACCUGCAGCAGACCAAGCCCGCUUUGCUCUGUCCUGAUGGAUUAUUCCUGGUUGAGCUGGUAGAUAUCUGUAGCCCAGAUGAAGAUGAAGAGGAAGAAGGAGACAAAUGAGGUGUUUGUGCUGAACCAGCUAACUUUGUGCCUUAUAGCUUUAAAUGUUUUACUCAAAAUAAAUGUAAGGACUAACUUACUUCAG